AUGUAUUCAUUUUGUGCAGCAACUGGUAGAUGUUCGUUUUCUGCAUUGCAAAGCUUUAUAUCGAGUGCACCUGGUUUACAAACUACCGGUCAAAGCCAAUUGAUGCAAGCUCCACCAGAAACAAACGUUGUGCUUGGUGGUUCUUAUAUUGUAGUCAUUUGUAUGAAUGGUUACACAAAUACGGGUGGUAAUUUAAAUAUAACAUGCUCGUCAAGUGGUUCAUGGAGUCCGUUUCCGAAUUGUGUCUUAAGUACGCAGACAACGACACUUUCUUCGAAUAGUGGAACAGCUUGUAAUUACAAUCCAAGCCUAUUGACAAUACCAAAUGGUUAUUCAAGUUCUUCAAAUGGUCUUAUGUUGCCGACUGCCACUCAAGCUGUAUCUGGAGCAUAUAUUACUUAUAUGUGUACACCACCGUAUUCUCUUAUAGGUAAUUCGAUGAUCACAUGUACAAAUGGAGUUUGGUCACCACAACCUGUUUGUGCCGCGUCCGGUCCAGGCAGUCUAACGACCAUACCAUCAUCAUUAAAAUGUACGGAGGUACCGAUUGUUGCUAAUAGUUAUGUAUCAUCGUCAACUGCCAUACAAUUUUCUAAUAAUGCAUACCAAAGAAGAGUUGAGUUCAAGUGUAAUCCUGGAUAUACAUAUGUAAGCACGUCAGGUCAACUUGUAGUAUGGUGCAUGAAUGGUGUCUGGGAUCGACUUCCUGUUUGUGUAGCGAGUCCUUCUUGUCCAGUCAAUCAAUUACAAUCAGCACUUGUUAAUGUGGAGAUAGUAUCAAGAUUACUUUAUGCUGGUAAUGGUGGUAUUCUUGCUGGUGGUUGGAUUCAACUUCGAUGUGCACCUGGUUAUAAUCUCAAACCAUUAUCUGGUUCUCUGAAUAUUACAUGUCUUUCAACAGGAGCAUGGUCACAAUUUCCUAUUUGCUCUAAAUAA